ACCCGCCGCCCGAGCGCGCAUCUCGCACCCAGCACCGCCGACCCGCCAGCAGCAAGGAAGAUGCUGAGCUUCUUCCGCCGAACGCUGGGGCGCCGGUCGAUGCGCAAGCAGGCCGAGAGAGAACGGCUCCGAGAAGCCCAGCGCGCCAGAACGCACAUCCCGGCUGCCGGCGAGGCCAAAGCCGUCAUAACCUGCCGCGUCUCUCUGCUGGAUGGGACCGAUGUCAGCGUGGACUUGCCGAAAAAAGCCAAAGGACAGGAACUCUUUGAUCAGAUUAUGUACCAUCUGGAUCUCAUCGAAAACGAUUACUUUGGACUGAGGUUUAUGGAUUCAGCACAAGUGGCGCAUUGGUUGGACAGUACAAAGAGUAUCAAAAAACAAGUGAAAAUUGGUUCACCCUAUUGCCUGCAUCUCCGAGUCAAGUUUUACUCUUCAGAGCCAAACAAUCUCCGGGAGGAGCUGACACGAUAUUUAUUUGUUCUUCAACUGAAACAAGAUAUUCUCAGUGGAAAGUUGGAAUGCCCCUUUGAUACAGCGGUUCAGUUGGCAGCUUAUACCUUGCAAGCGGAACUCGGAGACUAUGACCCGGCCGAGCACGUCCCUGACCUUGUUUCGGAGUUCAGGUUUGUGCCUACUCAGACCGAAGAGAUGGAACUAGCUAUCUUUGAGAAAUGGAAGGAGUACAGGAGUCAAACUCCAGCCCAAGCUGAAACCAACUAUCUGAACAAAGCCAAGUGGCUGGAAAUGUACGGGGUGGAUAUGCACGUGGUUAAGGCCCGAGAUGGGAAUGAUUAUAGCCUUGGACUAACCCCAACCGGCGUUCUCGUGUUUGAAGGAGAAACCAAAAUUGGAUUAUUUUUCUGGCCUAAGAUAACCCGAUUGGACUUCAAGAAGAACAAGCUAACUCUGGUCGUUGUAGAGGAUGAUGAGCAGGGCAAAGAGCAGGAGCACACGUUUGUCUUUAGGCUGGAGCAUCCAAAAGCGUGCAAACACUUGUGGAAAUGUGCCGUGGAGCAUCAUGCUUUCUUCCGCCUCCGGGGGCCAGUCCAGAAGAGCUCCAGUCGGUCCGGGUUUAUCCGACUGGGAUCGCGGUUCAGAUACAGUGGGAAAACUGAGUAUCAAACCACAAAAACCAACAAAGCAAGACGGUCGACCUCCUUUGAAAGAAGACCCAGCAAACGGUAUUCCCGGCGGACUCUACAGAUGAGAGCAAACGCAGCUAAACUGGAAGAAGCCAGCCUUCAGAAUAAUGUUCCAACCCAGAAUAAUGGAUCACAGGCUUGGGGUCUGAGGCCGGCUUUGCCUGUGGUCCAAGCAGUUCCUGCUACCCCUGUGUUGGUGGAGAUAGAAAACCUGCCACGGAGUCCAGGAGCUGGCCAAGACAGGAAAUGCAUGCGUCAGAUUGGCGACUUCCUAGACAGCAAAGAACUCUUGGAGAUUCCCAGCGAAAAUGCUCUAGGAGUACCUGGAAUGGCUGUGGGAGUUGAGGAGGCCAGCGUGGGCAAGACAUCCCCUGAACUUAAGGAACCCGAAGCUGAGAAAAUGGAGCUCAAUGGCUUCGAGGACUCGUCGGUGAAACUGAAACUCCUCGAGACUGAAAACAGUUUCUCGCCAGCCCCACGUCCCGAUGUCAACGUGAACGUCAACAAACAGGAAGAAGUGGUGAAGUUGACUGAGAAAUAUCUUAAUAAUGCUAUUGAAAGCCCAGGAUUGACUCCAGCGAGGGUCCCCGCCGACAUCAAGAGCAACAUCCUGAAGGCUCAGGUGGAAGCAGGGCACAAGGUGACAAGAGAUGACAACUCAUCAAGCCCCAAAAACUCCAAUGUUCAGGAUGCAUCUAACAGGGGCUUCUUUCCGGGGACCACCCUGCCCAACCUGCCUCUAACUGCUAGAAGCCCUGCUACCCCCUUGGAGCCCAGAGAGGCCCUGAAAGAGGACCCCGUUUCCAGUCCCUCCUUCCUCCAGCACAACCCAGAAGGGUUGCUCUCUUUCAGCGAGGCAUCCAACGAGGAAAAUAAAGCCCCCGGCCCGGAAGACCCACCGAUCCUACCAACUCUAGCGCCCGCCAAGGCUGAUGCCAUUUUCAAGAGCGCCACAGAUGAUUUGGAUGUUCUGCUCUCAUCUCUAACGGAGAACCUGAUGGAUUUCACGGAAGCCAGGCCUCGGGAGCCUUCAUUCUCUUCCCUGACUCCCCGGUGGAUCGUGCCGAGUGGAGGGAUCGCCAAUGGGCUCCUCGGGCCCGAGGAGAGUUUGGGAAGGAAAGGAAACCAAAGCGAUGUCGACAUGCUCUCCGUGGUCUCGCCACCAGCUCCGUUCUCCGUGGACGCCGUAACCAGCUUGGACCCCUCUGGGGCCGAAGAAGCCAUCGUGAGGCCGAAAUGCCUGCUGACGACGGAGCUCUGAGGGAGGCCCGCUGCUCCUCGUUUCUGCUCCCACCCACAGCUAGACGGCCGCGCGCCGUCUGGAGACCCGUCCUGGAACUGAGCCCCGGCUGCAACCCGCCCCGGGCCCUCGGCUCGGCCGGGCCGCUCCGCCGGGGCGCUCAUCCUUGGCCGCCCGUCCCGCCCGUCCCAAGACCCUCAUCCCGAACUCCUCAUCCCGGGCCGCUCCUCCAGGGCCGUGGUUCCCCGGCGCUCGGCCUUCACUUGCCCGGCGCUCGGCGGUCGAAAGGCUCCGCGAGGUUAAGCGGGGUCCGGCGGCCACGUGCCCCGUCCCGGUCGCAUCUCGACUGGAAAGGGAGUCAGGUCGGCCGGUGCCGCCCACUCACCCACCCGCCUCCAUAGGAGGCCUCGGUCUCUUUGUCUUGCUGCUAUGGGGGCUUCCAUGGGGCACCCGAGUCUGUGAUAGACGCCAGCCCAUUCAGAGGGCUGGAGAAGGAUCAGAUAGAGCGGUAGCCCCAUCUGCUGGUGCCGCCGAAUAGAAUCUCGUGCAACGUUAGUUUUUCAAUGCUGAGAAUCCGGUGGGUGGAAGGGAUGCUGCCCUCGCCCGUGCCCCUGCCCCUGCCCCCCUUGGCCUCUGCGCCUGGAGUGAACAUUCUCCUAGUCCCCUGCCCAGGAUACAGCCAGAAAGCCCAACAUAACUGGAAAUUGAAACUUCGGGAGUGGACGUGGGCCUCGCCUGGGGAAACGGGAAGCACCCUAACAAAUUUGAGUUUCCACUGCAUUUUAUCAUAGAGAAACCACAGGACCGGUCCGGCUUCCUUCCCACUUGAAAUAAAGCGGGCCGACCUCGGCCUCCCCUUACAGUUUA